UAAAACUAUCAAGUAAAUACAUUACUUUUUGUUAGGCAAUCCUGUUUUACAACUCAAAAAUCUCCCGAAGUUUUGUACUAGAAUAUACAAAGUAGAUAAAGUAAUCAAAGCUGGAUGAGAAAUAAUCACACCAAAGAAGAUCCAAAGCACCCAAAAGUGAGACUGGAAAUUCUUUUUUAAUUCUGGAAUCCUAUAUCGGUUUUCCCCCUACAAAAUAGUGUUUUCUCUUUCACCCUAAAUUGCUCUCUCCCUCUCCUCUCCUCUCCACGUUAUUUACUCCAAAGCAUCAUGUAUACUUGAAGUUCCACUGUUUCUUCCCCAUCCCAGUAUCCUAUAGCACAUUUCCAUAUCUUAAACCUCGGAAGUCUGCUGCCUUGCUUUUUUAGUUUUAUGUUCUGCUAACCAUUUUACUCUUUUUCACUCUCAAGUCUCAACACCCGACUAUCUAUCCUUGUGUUUUUCCUCUACUCACAUGUCUGCAGGCUUCCCCUCUUUAGUCCUUGUGUUCUGCCAAAAUCACAUCUUAUUGUCACUGUGACUCUCUUUUCGCAUUUUAGUUCGAGUCUUAUACCGUUAUACAGUACCAAAAUAGAAACAGAAGCUUAUGAGCAUCUAGUUCAAGAUUUUCAUGGUCAUGGGAGCUAUGGAAGCAAGGUUACAGGAUCAAUUUGUACCAGUAGUUCAGGCACCACCAACAGUGAGGCAACCAAGUCGCUAUUCACAUCGAUCAAUCGAGACUCUGAUUGUAGUGCUGGCUGUGAUCACUAUCAUAGGUGUCAUUGCAGGAAUCAUUGCUCGGCUUUGUGGUGGAAGGCAUUUUGGUGGCAAUGGGGAGAAUGACAUAGAAGGAUGGAUAGAAAGGAAGUGUAGAAGUUGCAUUGAUGGUGGAGUCCCUACUACAGCUCCACCUCCCGCAGAAGAAUCAAAGCCAGCAGCAGAAGACGAAAAGAAAUGAAGAAGCACACAUAGAAGGAAAUGCUAUAAUGUAAGUGAUUAUGAUUAGUUAAAAUUGUAUGAUGUGGGGAUGCUACAGUAGGAAGCAUUAUAACAGCGCAUUAGCUGAACACAGAAGGACUCUUGGCUGCUUCUGCCUUAACACCAUUUCGUUACUGUAUUCUUCACCAAGGCAGCAUAAUAGGGCAGUGCUUUCACUAGAAACUUAAAACAUGUAUGUUACCAUGACUCAUCUUGAUUAAACAAAUUAGCAGUCUUU